UUUUUUUAGAAAAAAGAUCUAUUCCAAAACUCAGAAUCUAAAUGGACUCGUUACCAUCAAUUCACGAACAAGAAGACGAUGACAUUUUCUCCGACGCACUCCACCAAUGCUCCGCCGAUGACUCACCGGAAACUUCCACCUCCGAUCCCACACUUUCACAUUCCACUCCACCAUCACCCUCUCCGGCUACCACACUCCGCCGCCGAUCAAUUCGCCUCAGAGACAACCAACCCUCCGAUUCCGGCACCGAUAUUGAUUCGCCUAAUUCCACAAGAAUAAGCUUCCGGCAUAAGCCAAGGUGGAGGCAUCUCAAACAAGAUGAAAAUUACACCGAGAAACAACCUAGCACUUCACCACCUUCAAUUCACGCAAUUGAAGAGAACAACGAAGAAUCUACAAUAACUACAGCUACAAAUGAUGAUUUAGCUUCCGAUUCUAUUGACUCGGUGUCACGACUCCAUGAUUCAUCUUCGAGUUUUCUCGAAUUGAUAGCAGGAUUGAUAAUUAACGCAUUAGAGUUUCAAAUUAAGUUAAUUUUCAUGUUUAUAACUUAUCCAUUGUUUUUCAUGUUUCGCUGUUGCUUAUUCUUUAUGGAUCCUUUUGGGAUAAGGAAAUUGGGGAAAGAUAUCAUCUUUGGGAUUAUGUUGAGAAUUUGGAGUGUUGUGUUUGGAUAUAUUGAACCAUAUGUUAGGAAAUUGUAUAAAGGGAAUGAAUCAAUUUGGAGUGUAAUGUCUAGGUUUGUAUGGGGAAUAUUGUGGUCAAUUUAUGUUUGUUGUGUUUUGGUUGGUUUAUUGGUUUCUUCAUUUGUGUUUAGUGGAAUUUUGAUCAAGUAUUUCGUGGAGAAACCGAUUCGGAUGAAUGAAGUUUUGAAUUUCGAUUAUACUAAGCUUAGUCCUGUGGCUUAUGUUCCGAUUAUUUCGUGUGAUGGUGUUGUUAAGGGAAAAGAUUAUGAGGGUGGUUUUGAAGUUGGGAAGGGGAUGAUGAUGGGUGAAAGGGUUAUACCUACUAGACAUAAAGUGCAAGUUACUGUUUCGUUGAGAGUGCCGGAGUCGGGAUAUAACAGAAAUCUUGGGGUCUUUCAGGCCAGGGUGGAUUUUCUAUUGUUUAAUGGUAAAACUAUUGCAAGCUUGAGUCAACCUUGCAUGUUAAGAUACAGAAGCGAACCUAUCCACCUAAUCAUGACUUUUCUCAAGAUUGCUCCUCUCAUUACCGGCUAUACAUCCGAAACCCAGAUUCUGAAUGUCAAGAUGAGAGGUUUUGUUGAAGGGAAUAUACCUACUUCGUGCUUGAAAGUGACACUUGAGCAACGACCAGAAUAUCAACCUGGUGCUGGCAUUCCUGAAAUAUAUGAUGCAUCUCUUGUUGUUGAGUCCGAACUUCCCUUUUUCAAAAAGAUCAUUUGGCAUUGGAAGCUUAGCAUAUUUAUAUGGAUCACAAUGAUGACAUUCUUGACAGAGUUAAUUUUUGUUCUAGUAUUUUGUAGGCCUAUAAUAAUUCCAAGUACAAGGCAAAGGGUAGCAUCUGCUCGUAGUCCUGCAACUUCGAACAGUCUUCUGGCACAAAUUUGAGAUUUCUGAUUUCCCAGGCUUUGUUGCAAUGAUUGAAGUUUUUGUCCGACAGUUUAACCUUGUAUGUCUGACAUGUAACAUAUAUAUAUAUAUAUAGUGAGUAAUCCUAACGUCUCAUUCUUUCCCCCCCCUCUUUCUCUCUUAAAUUUCAUUUGUAAUCACAAUGUAAAUUUUAAUGCCACGAGAUGUAUAAUGUGAUUUACUAAUUUAUAUUGUAA